AUGAAAUCAGGCCUCCUCCUCCUGGGGCUCCUCACCCUCUGGGCUGACCUGACACCUGCCUCUGGGCAGCUCCGUCAAGCUAACGCCAUCUGCAAUCUCCCUGCGGACCCCGGCCCAUGUGAGGCCUACAUGACCCGCUACUUCUACAACUCGGCCACCAAGAGGUGCGAGGAGUUCAUUUACGGCGGCUGCCAGGGCAAUGCAAACAGGUUUCCCAGUAUGGACGAAUGUCUCAAGACCUGUGGAAGCUCAGGUGACAUUUGCCAACUCCCGCCUGAGACGGGCCCUUGCAAGGGACAGAUCCCGCGCUUCUUCUACAACCCGGCCUCCAGGACGUGCGAAAGCUUCAUCUACGGCGGCUGCCGGGGCAACGGGAACAACUUUAGAACUCUCCUGGAGUGCCAGCAGGCCUGCAGGAAACGCGGGCCGACCAGAGCGAGACCGGGAAGAGCCAGAGCGUGACAGCAGGGCCUGUGGGGGGAUGGGACAGGAUCCUCCAAUACGGUCCCCACCUGACACCCACCCCCAAUCGUCCGUGGGCCUGAU